ACUUCACGCUUCCUGCGGCGCGCUCUGAUGACGUCACGGUAAAGUUCCAUCGUGGGACAGACAUGGCAGCCUCCAUAUCACAGCAGCUCGAGGAUUUGUUAAAUCCUUUACCAAACUUCGUGGAUCCAGAGGACGACCAAGAUGAAGAGACGAAAGCCAAAGUCAUAGAGAAGUUUGAUGAAGGUGGUGAUGAUGAUGAUGAAGAACCUUUAUCUGGCCAUCUGCGGAAGCGCUCUUCUGUAAUUCUGGCUGAUGGUGAUCGACGAUAUCGUGGCAAGGCUACAUCCAGAAAAGAUCUACAGAAAGAGUUGGAUGGAUUAGAUGAUGAUGAUGAUGACGAAGAUGAAGAAAAUGGAAUGCUGGACAAGUACAUGGAGUGCAUCAAAGAUGAUGAGGAGGAGGAUGAAGACGACAUUGAUGACGAUGAUGAUGAUGAUGAUCAGGAGGAUGAAAAAGAACAAGGCGAUGAUGAGGAGGAUCUUAAUGGAGAUGAUGGCUCACAGAUGUCCAGCUUAGUCUCUAAAAUGAAGAGCACAGACUUUAUGAAACUCACAGAGGGAAUGGAUGAUCUGGGAGAAAGUGAGGAAGAAGAAGAAUCAGCUGACAGUGAAGGAGAGAGUGAGGAAGGCUCUGAGGACGAGGAGGAAGAUGAAGAGGAGGAAACAGCCUUGAAGACCUUCUCUAAAGAGAAAGUUGAUGAAGAGGUUGAAAAAGGGAAAGCGGUGAAAAAUCAGCUUGCUCUUUGGGACCAGAUGCUUGAAAGGCGAAUCAAAAUGCAGAAAGCUCUUGUGACAGCCAAUCAGCUUCCACAGCCACAGACAUUCCCAGAGUUCAAGAGCAGGGGAGGGACUGAGUAUGCUGAAGCUUUAAAAAAUAGUCAUAAAGCCCUAAAGGCUUUGCAGAGGUCUCUGCUGGAGCUCCAAGAUCAGCUGCUCUACCAAAACCCUGAAACCAGAGCCAUCUCUCAGGGAAAGACAUGGGGAGCAAGCAGCAGUGUUAAAGAUAAUGAAGAGAUUAACAGUGAGGAUGAGAUGGAAACUGGGGAUGAUGGCCAAGUGGAAGAACAGGAAGCAGUGCGAAAUGGACCCCCCAAACGAAAACUGGAAAUGGCAGAAUAUCCCAACUUUAUGGCCAAACGAUUUGCUGCUUUUCUGCCUUACCGUGAUGCCACCCUGCAGAAAUGGUACGACAAGACGCGACUCACAACGGGCAAGAGCAAAAAGGGUUUUGGAGCAUUUGACAGGAACAUUCUUACACAGGUGGAGCAGGUUUUAAUGGACAAAGAGAGGCUGGUGAGACGUACACAGACGCGCAGGUCUGAAUACAGAGUUCUGGGGAAGCCGGAGCCCAUCACGCCUGAAAUAGACAGCAGCAUCACAGAGGGAGAGGCAGCUGAACUGGCACUGAAAUCUAACAUACACCUUAAAGAUCUGGACGAGGAGAUUUUUGAUGAUGAUGAUUUUUACCACCAGCUACUUCGAGAGCUUAUUGAGCGCAAAACAAGUGCGACAGACCCCAAUGAUCAAGUGGCCAUGGGAAAGCAGUGGCUUGCCAUCCAGAAACUACGUAGUAAAAUCAAGAAGAAGGUGGACACCAAAGCCAGCAAAGGCAGGAAAGUCAGGUUUCAUGUUCACAGUAAGCUGAUGAAUUUCAUGGCUCCAAUAGACAACAGCAGCAUGAGUGAUGAUGCCCGGUCUGAACUGUUUCGUUCCCUGUUUGCGAAUGGUCCAGUGAUGGCACGCUGACUGAAACAUCGGCCUAACAUGCGUAAACUUCAGUGUAAUAUAAGAAUAGACUGUGAAACCCAUACCGAGGGGACUGAAUGAGAGAAUGAUUGAUAAAUCAAUGGAAGUGUGUUCCUGGAUCCUUCUGUCUGCCAUUUGAUGUCUCUCGGGACUGAAGAAUAGCAUGAAGACAAGCACUGAUUAUUUGUUGGUAGAAACAGUCACCAGGAUUUCAUCUCGGGCAGCUCUCAUUUGCACACUUUUAAUGUGUAUUAUUCCCAUCCUCUCUGAUCCUUAGAAUUUAAGGGGCUGUUUUUGUUACUGUAAACUGGAUUUAUGAAAUCUAUACAUAAAUAUUUCAGAGAGGAGGAGAGUCUCACAUAAACUUACCACUGGGGUACCUCAGGGUUCGGUGCUUGGCCCUUUGUAUAGCAUAUUAUAAAAAGUCCUGUAUUCUAUGAUAUGACCUGGUACAUUUAUUCAAGAAACCGCCACAAAAAGUAAAAAUAAUUUAACGUCAGAA